AUGGAUACUCUGGAAAGUGGUAAUUGGAGACUAGAAAAAACGGGUGAAAUUGACUAUAGCUUGCAUGUGCCUACUAACUGUAUAAUUGGGUUGUGGCUGAUUAAAAUCCGAGUCGACCACGACGACUAUCGUGAAGAUUUAAGGGUUUUGUUCAACCCUUGGUGUCCCGAAGAUGAAGUGUAUCUAGAAGACGAAACGAUGCGAAAAGAGUAUGUGCUUAACGAAAGUGGCCGUGUUUAUACGCAUGGACAAAUGUGCUAUCCAUGGUUUUUCGGCCAAUUUGAACAUCGGAUUCUUGAUAUCACUCUCUAUCUUCUUGACAAGUCUAAUUUGAGUACUUCGGCUAAAUGCAGCGCAGUGUUCAUUGCACGCGCGUUGUGUUCUAUCAUUAAUCAUGACGAUGACGGAGUCAUUAAUGGCCGUUGGCAAGAACCAUACACCGGAGGGUAUGACCCUAAACACUGGCACAGUUCAGUUGAUAUUUUAAAUAGAUUUUACAGAACUCGAAAGCAGAUCAGUUAUGGACAAUGUUGGGUUUUCAGUGCCCUCCUCGUAACUAUAACUCGGGCUCUCGGGAUUCCAAGUCGCCCGGUGACGAACAACUUCUCGUUUCACGAUUCAAAUCGUACCAAUAUUUGUGAGUGGGAAAUUAUGCAUGACGGAUCGGUCAAGAGUUUGGAUUCUGUUUGGAACUUCCAUGUAUGGGCUGAGAUUUGGCUGAGUCGGAAUGAUCUUCCAGAUGGCUACGGUGGCUGGCAAGCUAUCGACCCAACCCCCCAGGAAAUGGCGGAGGGGUCGUCUAUCGCCGGUCCAGCGCCCGUCAAGGCUAUUAAAGAAGGGGCGUUUCAUCUACCAUAUGACGUGGCCUAUUUGUUCUCCGAAAUGAACUCGGAUAUUUCGUACUGGCGAAGAGAGCGAGACGGUCAGUUCGGCAAACUAAUCAAAUUUGACGAAUUAAAAAUUGGGAAGGCAAUUUUAACAAAACAGAUUGGGAGCGAAGAAAGUGAAAACUUAAUUUCGACUUACAAACUGGAAGCUGAAAAGAAAGAAGCUUUAAUUUCUACGGAAGAAAAAAUUGAAAUUAUCAAAGCAGUGAACCCAGGUGUUAGUUUUGUUAUUUACGAACAUCUGAUGGGGAAAAAACCGAGCGUCGAAAUCAAGCUGAAAGUUCCCGAGUAUGUUGCGAUCGGAAACGACUUCCAAUACUCGGCUGAAUUUACACCGACAGAGGCAAUCGGCGCAGCUGCCGAAGCUAAAAUUUCUAUCUGCAUUUUUGUCUCGACAAACGUGGGAAAAUUUAUAGGACAAAUUGCAAAACAUGAUUUCCAUAAGCAGAAAGUAUCGAAAGAAAAUGCUCUCAAAGGCAAAGUAGAAUAUAUAAAGUAUCGAAGAUUCGCGUGUGCGAGUUAUUCAAUAAAGAUAUUUGUUACUUGUCAAUUGUUGAGUCCGAACGAAGGCAUCAAUUGUGAUUUUGUUACCAUUCCCUUCUUCUGUAGACCCCCCGAUAUCAAAGUGAUUUCGAAGCCCCCCUACAACCAAGGCGAGCCCGUGGACAUAAAACUCAGCUUCAUAAACGAGUUUAGAUUUGGGCUGAGCGGCUGUUAUUUUGAACUAAGUGCGCCGAGGAUGAAGCCGAAAGCGUUCGGAAUCAAGAAAGGACUCGGGUCGGGAGAGUCGUGUUACAUUCACCUGCAGUACAAGCCGAAACGAUUCGGCGAUAUAAUGCUAAUUGCGAAGUUCGGGUGUAGAGAGAUUACUGUUGCGUGUGGUUCUCUGGAGAAGACUCGUGUGCCGAGUGUACGAAAGUCAGUGGAUCUUCCGGUGAACAGUGGAUCCAGUGCGAUAUUUGCGACGCAUGGUUUCACAAUUCCUGCUAAAGACUUCAUGUCGACCUCAUACCUCAAGUUGAUAAGCAAGGCCAUUGCUGGAAGCGAAAAAUUGUUAAAAAUCAGUUCACAAUCUUUUCCCGAAUCUGGACGAAGAGCGGUCUUGUUGCCGACCAGACCCCCCGAUAUCAAAGUGAUUUCGAAGCCCCCCUACAACCAAGGCGAACCCGUGGACAUAAAACUCAGCUUUAUAAACGAGUUUAGAUUUGGGCUGAGCGGCUGUUAUUUUGAACUAAGUGCGCCGAGGAUGAAGCCGAAAGCGUUCGGAAUCAAGAAAGGACUCGGGUCGGGAGAGUCGUGUUACAUUCACCUGCAGUACAAGCCGAAACGAUUCGGCGAUAUAAUGCUAAUUGCGAAGUUCGGCUGCAGAGAAAUUACUGUUGCGUGUGGUUCUGUAGAACUCGAUGUCGCCAAGAAAGCCGAAUAG